AUGUGUAGCAAUAAUACAAAUAACAACAGUGCUUCGAACCCUUCACCAUUUGGUAGUUUACUUAACCAAACGUCGAAACCACCCUUUGCCGCGUCAACACAAAGUUCGACGACUACAACAGGUUUUAGUCUUCAACAACCUAUAGCACCAUUUACCGGCUUUGGUACUUCACAAGGAUCAGGCUUCAGCAGCAAUACAUCUGUCGGGAAUUCUACAACUUCUCUUUCAAGCAACCCACCAACGUUUUCCGUAUCUUCUACCGGUUUUGGUUGGUUUGGAAAAACCCAGAAUGCCGAUCCCGGAAAGAAUCAAAGUUCGAAUACAUCAACCGGCUUCUCUGCAUUGAGCAACACAAAAUCACAAGCUACAUUUGGAGGAUUCGGUGGCUCUUUGUUAUCAACAUCUGCUUCAACGUCACCUUUCGCGACGUUUCCCCAACCUAGUUCGGAUGGUGGAAAAAAAGAUAAUACUAUUGGCUUCAAUACCUCCGCUACCUCUGCGCCAAAAUUCGGCAGCAACCCCUUUAACCUGGGAACGACGUCAAAAACAACUCAAGCACAGAGCGCGCCCGCGUUUACCAUGUUUACUGGUUUUAAAACUGAUACUAGUGUAGGUAGUGAAGCGUCAAAUAAAAACACCACUACACUUGCAUCAUUAGGUGCGUCUUCUAGUGGAGCGGGUCAUACUUUGAAUUCAACAUCUGGCUCAAAUAUCUUUGCCAGAAUUGGAUCAACGUCACAGUCUACUCAGUCGUCUUCGUUGAACAUAUCUGGUAACUUAUUUGGAUCAAGUGGUGCUAAACCGCUUUUUGAUACUAGCAAGAAAGACAAUACAGGAUCAACAACAAGCAGUUCAUCAUUGUUUGCGACAGCCUCCGUAACAACCAAUUCCAGUGUCAACAUUCCAAAAACAACAAUGCCUACAUUCACAGCAACCAUCACGUCUCCAAUAGGUGGAGGUGGAAUUAAAUCUUCCCUGACCCCGUCUUUCUCAACUACCAAACCAAUUACCACAAGUGCACCACCAUUGAUUGGAGGUAUAGGUACAUCUUCAUUGAGAACAACAAGUACAACUACACCAUCAACUACUGCAACAUCGGUUCCGACUAGCGGUGCGGACCAAAUACCAUCUUGGUUAAAAAAUAACAACAUUGAGGGUAUAAUUAAUAAAUGGACUAAAGAUUUGGAUAAUUGUUCCAAAAAGUUUCACGAACAAAUUAAGGAGGUCAAUCAAUGGGAUCAAAAAAUUAUCGAGAAUAAUGGCAGGGUCACCAGACUCGGAGAACAAAUUAAUAAAGCCGAUUCAAUCCAGGCUGAAAUUGAAGCUGGAUUAAAUAACAUUGAAUCUCGACAAGAAGAACUUGAUAAAAUAUUGUCCGAGUAUGAGCAAAAAUUUGGGGAUCCCGCCUUGGAGACGUUAAGACCAUUGGAUAAAGAAAGAGAACGAUC